AUUGAGUGUGAAGACAGAGAGCAGAGACAGAAAGCAGAAGGAGGCGGCUGCAGCCUUUGUAGUCGGGGAGGAAUGCGGAAAUGUUAAAGCACUAUGUCAAACUUUUUUGAAACGGGGUCAAGUCACAUUCAGCCAGCGUGGGAAAGCGAGGGGAAAAAAAGUUGAGGGGGUGGGCGGGGGGUGGGGGGGUUACGAGCUGCGCUGCCGCCGCUGUUCUCAGAGCAAGCAGGAGCCGACAGAGGCUGGAGGAGCAGCAGCAGCGGGCGGCGCGGAGGGCUGGUUUACGAGCCCCGCACACGGGGGAGCUGCGUGGUGCAGCCUGCAGGGCUUUGAUCAGCUGCAGCCUGGUGAACACGGGACGCUGAGUCGCUUUUAUUUUUAUUUUCCCAGGCAGGGGUGGGGGUGGGAGGCCGAAGCCGAUCUGGUUCUGAGUUAAAGAUCCCUUGGCAGGAAGGUGCUGCCAGGCUGCUGCGGGAGGAUGCGAGCUGAGGGCAGCAGCAGAGCCGAGGAGGAGCAGCUGCUGCAGCUACCUGUGUGGCCUGGGCUGCCGCAGCAGAGACCUGCUGGCGGCAUCAUCAUGUGAAUAUUUAUUACCCGGUUGGGGUCUUCGCUCGCGGUUAUCGAAUGGGAGGUUUGCCUCGGGGAAGGUUAUUUCCCCCCCCCGCGGAAGCUUAUCUGGGGCUCGUGCGCCGAUCGGGGCAGCUGUGGAGCGGAGCAGAUCUAACUGGCUUUACCCAGACAAUGGUCCCAAAGUCUAUAUGAUAAUUGCUGGUGGCUGAGAGAGAGAAGGCAUUUUGGGGACUGUAUUGAAGCAGAACAAGGGAGCAGGAGGGUGAAAUCAUCCUGCCUGCUCCUCCAGCAGUGGCAGCUCUGCAAACGGUGUGUGCAGUGCAUUUUCAGCAGUAGCAAAGUUCUAGUUUGCAGGAAGCAGCCAGUUCAACAGCAGGACCUGGGGCACUGCAGACACAAGAGAAGAAGCAGCACCAACAUGGAUAAGGACAGCAUGAGCCUGGCUGACCAGCAGUAUGAAUGUGUGGCUGAGAUUGGUGAAGGAGCCUAUGGGAAGGUAUUCAAGGCCCGAGACUUGAAGAAUGGAGGUCGUUUUGUAGCCUUGAAGCGCGUACGGGUACAGACAAGCGAGGAGGGAAUGCCACUCUCCACCAUCCGUGAGGUGGCAGUAUUGAGGCACCUGGAGACCUUUGAGCACCCCAAUGUGGUCAGGUUAUUUGAUGUAUGCACAGUGUCACGAACAGACAGAGAGACCAAACUAACACUAGUGUUUGAACAUGUCGAUCAAGACUUGACCACUUACUUGGAUAAAGUUCCGGAGCCUGGAGUGCCUAUGGAAACUAUAAAGGACAUGAUGCUUCAGCUGUUGCGAGGGCUGGAUUUUCUACAUUCACACCGAGUGGUGCACCGUGAUCUGAAACCACAAAAUAUCCUCGUGACAAGCAGUGGGCAGAUAAAAUUAGCUGACUUUGGCCUUGCACGAAUCUAUAGUUUUCAGAUGGCUCUUACCUCAGUGGUUGUCACUCUGUGGUACCGAGCUCCUGAAGUUUUGCUUCAAUCCAGCUAUGCAACACCAGUUGAUCUCUGGAGUGUUGGCUGCAUAUUUGCAGAAAUGUUCCGUCGAAAGCCACUUUUUCGUGGAAAUUCAGAUGUUGAUCAGCUAGGAAAAAUCUUUGAUGUCAUUGGGCUCCCGGAAGAAGAAGACUGGCCUAGUGAUGUUGCCCUUCCAAGACAUGCUUUCAAUUCCAGACCCCCACAACUCAUUGAAAAGUUUGUACCAGAUAUCGAUGAACUAGGCAAGGACUUACUUCUUAAAUGUUUAGCGUUCAAUCCCACCAAGAGGAUAUCUGCCUAUGUUGCCCUGUCUCACCCUUAUUUCCAUGAUCUGGAGAAAUGCAAGGAGAAUCUGGACUCCCACAUGUCAACCAGCCAAAACUCCAAUGAGGUGAAUAAAUCAUAAGGCUGAGUGAAGGUGAACCUACAAAUGAGCAAGAUGUGUAGCUGACAAAGGUCACUGUCUCUAGCUGUUCUAAUGAAGAUCAUUAUUUGGAGGUUUUACACGUCUGUCUGCUUCUUCAGGAUGGUGAUGUGCUCCAAGGAAACCAACCUAGUUUACUUUCAUCAAAGCAAUGCAAGAGCCAGGGCUUUCACCUACUCCCAUUGCAGCUUUAUGUGUUUGUGUCUGUUUUGUUUAACUACCUGGGAAAACUCCAGAUGAAGAGAAGCUGCUGAUCAGUUUUGCUGCCAUUUUAUUCUUCUCACAUUGAAUGCUGCCAGUGUUCCAGUCACUGCCAAAACAUGAUGCAAUCUCUCCCUCUAGCUGCUGAAGCCUCAUCUGGUAUUUUUUAAUUGUUAUUUUGGGAUCUCUUAAAGUGAUAUUUAAAAGAAUGGCAUUGAAAUUUUGGAUCUCUACAACCCACAAAUAAUUGAUAAGUACAUGAAUGCGUCUAGCUACUGUUGGUAACAUACACGGAGGUGCUUCCCCAGUUGAAAACUCGGACAAAUAAUUUUAUUAUUUCAUUACUGUCCAUAAAAAUAAUAAUGAUGAUAAACUGAACCAAUUUUUAGUUUUUUUAAAUAUACAAAUGAAUUAUUAACUAGAUGAGUUUAUGUGCAUGUCGCAAAAAUAAGUUAAAAAAACUUUUAGGGACUUAUUCUCUAAAGACGCUUUACUCUCCAAAAAUAUUGUUGUUUGAAUCAGUCAAUGAAGUCUAACUUUUUAUUUCUUUCUCAAAACAAUUGCAAGCACAUGUUCCAUGAUCUAGUACAGAAUUUUAUAAUCUGUAGGUCAAAGAGGUAUAUAGAGCUGAUGAAAAUCAAAACAGGGUUUCCCAUUGUAACAAACUUAUUAGCAACCAAAAAGUAACUUAGAAAAAUGUUUCCUGUUUUAGAAGCAGAGAAUUCUUUGAUUAAGGAGAAGAACACUUAUGCAUAUGUGCUAUAUUGGAUGGAAUAUACUGUGCUGCUUUACCUGUAACACACAACACAUACAACACAGUGUAUGAACAUUAUUCAUGUUUCAUUUACUAGCAGAUUUUUUUUCUGUGCAGAAAUGCAUGAGCGUCCCUCCUAACCCACCAUGUGGGUAUAUUGGCACACCAUAUUUCUCACUCUGCUAGCAGUAAUGUGCCAUAAUUGAAAGUCAAUAUAAUAAAACAAUUCACAUAACUUUUUAGCAGUUAUUUUAAAUAUUACAUUACAUUUUUAUAUUUAGUAUUUUUACCUUAACUAAAAUAUAUUUUCAUUAUUUUUAAAAGAAACUUUUAUUUUUUUAGUACUGUGCGGAAAAAGUAAAUAUUUUAAAUCCAUAAAGUAAAGGCUUUUCCCUAACCUAAACUUCAGUGCAGUUGCCUGGAUAUAACUCAAGGGAACAUCUGGCCCAGUGAGUUAACCCCUGCUAUAAAGGUAGAUUAGGCACUACUGCAAUAUAAAUAAUAAUAUACAUAGCAGCUACCAUUGCUUACUCCUGUGAUGGUCCUUCGUAUGCUAUCCUACUUUUCUUGCCUCUGUUUCAUCUGUUCUAGCAACUGAGCCAGUAUCCAUAUCCUCACUCACAGCAUGCUUGGCAGUGGCAGGUCACCAGUGCCACGCUGAGCAAUAUAUAUUUUUCCAGCUAUGGCAUGGGAGCCUGUGGCUGUCUCCCUGGCAGGUUCCUCGGUUAUGUGGCAGACUGGCUCUGUGGCAAACUUCACCAUUAGCUCUGAGCUGUUUAGCACUUAGGCUGCUGCUAAGAUAGUGAGUGGUUUUAUCUACCUUUUGUGAAGGCAUUCCUUUUCUGUUACACACCUAACAAUGAGACUUGGGUUAAAUUACUUCUGCGCUAUGUAGGCCAAAUUGUCAAAGGACCGGUUGCACAUGCGCAGUGGCACCUGUCGGGUCUGGUCAAAGAUCUACAGCAUGAACAGGCAGGCUGUAAAUUAGGCCGGAUGAGUGCAUCCAAGGCAUGUGUGUACAGAGUCUGGACGCUUGCACAGCACAAGGCUUUUCCAAGGGGCUCAACGUGCCAGGCUGAAGGCCAGUGGGUAGCCAAGGCACCACUCAGCUGGUCUUGGCUCUGCCCUGUUCCCUCUCCCUCAGUGUCUAGACCCAAGGAUAAAUGAGAUAUCACUCGGUGGGUCUUGUCUCUACCCCAUUCCCCGUGGUCUUAGUUUCUGCAGCCCGGAGAGGGCUGAGGGUGCCGCAUGGCUGGUCUUGACAUCCUUAGAAAAAGGUGGAUCAUAGUGCAAUUAAACGAACCACAAUUUCUAUUAAUAAUUUUAAAACAGUUAUUUAAAACAGAAAAAAAAAUCCAGGCCAACCUUGCAAAAUUAACAAAUGGGGAAAAGGUCACUGCACAAUUUAGCAAUUUUUAAAACAUUCCACAUUUUAUGUAGCACCACACUAUUGUACAUACUUUUUCAGGGCACAGAGCUGGCAUCACCCUCUAGCAGCUGCCAGAGGACUAUCUCCUGGACACUGCAGCUCUACAAGCACUAUAAAGGGGGGAAAACAUUAGUUGUUUUUAAAAUCAUGCUAAAAAACUGAUGUGCAGAGGUGCUAGCAAUCCCUCUGAAGGAUGCAGUGUGAGAAUCAGAACAGAGUAGAAUACAUCUACUCCAUGUUAUGCUCCAUCCCGUCCAAGCCCCAUUCCCAAACCCCCUCAGUGGAAAAAAUAUGCAGUUUGCCUUUCUCCAGCGCUCCAAGGCUGAUUGCUAUUCCCCAUUUCCUCUACAGACUGUGUGUGUCCCUUGGGUACUACUGUCAUGCAUGUAGUGAUAGGUGGGGAUGUGGGAACUGGAUUCAAAAGGGAGGUAGUUCUCUCCUUCCCUGCCAUCACCACAGCAGUGAAGAAAACUGUUCACAUACACUGUAAACAGGGCCCUUGCAUGUAGCCCUACUUGGCCUUGACUUUGGCCUGAGUGAGUGCUGCAGACUUGGGUGAACACAGCUAAAAAUUAUUGAACAACAAAAAUUAAAUUAAAAAAAGUAAAAAUAGUUCUUUAUCUUCUGGAGCACCUCCAGCCAGGGUGUUCAUUACAGUAGAUGCCCAGAUGUUCUGAGCAGUGGAAAGGAGCAACUCCCAUCUACUGUCCAACAUUAUAGUCAUUUGAUGUUGUGCAAAGCUAUCAUCCCACAGGAUCCUGCAUGAUUCUGCAGGCCAAGCAGACCCAACAACUGAAGAAACCACUAAGGCGAGGAUAGUGUAGUCGCAGGUGUAUUUGCUUCUGUACUAUGAAAGUGUCUGUUUCCUCUGCUGAUUCCUUACUGGCCCUCUGUGGCCCCCUGAGACCAAUUUUCAGAAACUGAGCACCUGUUGGACUGCACAUAUUUCACACUGACAUAUAGUAACAGGUCAUUAGCAUAUGCCAAUAUUAUAUUAAUAUAUUCUAAUGGCUGUUGUGCAUCUAAAAGCACCCAGAACAAGAUAUGCCAAACCAAAGGCGAAUAGAUGGAGCUGACUGGUUGAUCCAGUGGCCUUCCCUCUGCCUCCCCAUGCCUCUCUCUCGUCCUCCUCAGCACAAACAGAUCCAGGAAAGCUGCCUGGUGCUAUCUCCCAUGAGACUCCCUGUCACCCAGGAACCAUGCCUGCCUACCACACAACAAUUUUCAACUCCCACACAAAUCGUCUUCCCUCACUGCUACUGCCUCUUUUGGCCCAGCAGCCAAGAGAGGGAAGAUUAGAUAGAACCUCCUCAUGCACCUCCGAGUUUACACCUGACUACACUAUGACUAUGACUAGCUUGUGGACACCUUGUUUGUCUUGCGUGCACCAGUCAAAAUUCUAAGCCCAACUGUUUAUCUUUCAGCACACACAGCUGCUGCCCCCUUUGAAAAUCCAAGCUUGUCUCCUGCUUGUGCCCCAAAAUACGCCAACAAACCAGGAUUCCUGCCUUCACAGGGUUUUGAAAAUUUGGUCCUAUAUGCAUAGCGUCCUUUCACAGGAUCAUAAACAGUGGAUACUUUGCUCAAGCAGGAGUUUUGUUGGACACUAUCCAUAUCCUGGUUCUCAGGCUCAAUUUACACUUGAGUUUUCUGUAUGAAUAAGCAGAAAUUUUUAUACCAUGUUACUCUGCACUGCUUAUAUACCAACUGUCUUUGAGAAGCAUGUUUUACUGUACAAGAGCUAAUUCUCUCAGCUGCUAGAUACAGUGCCCAUUUUAAUAUGUGGAAUAAACAGCAAAUAUGCCAUUCCAGUCAUGUAGCCAGCAAACCGGGAGCACUUAUCUGACUCACAGCUGAAAACACAUCGGAUGAAUCAUAAACCACAUGGUGUGGUUGAAAAGACCACAUAAAUUAAUUACGUUCCUAGUAUGAGUUGAAUUUGAAUAACGAAACAGAUGUUUCUUCUGAGAAUUCUGUUCUUUAGAACCACUUUGCUAAUGUUUUUCUGAUGCGACAGUUUCAGGAAUGGAUGGAUUUUUGCCAGGCCUAUGAUGUGAUUUAGACAAUAUAUACUGUAAGUGUGAAUCCUUCUCAUUUCGUACUUUUCUCCAUGAUUCAAAACUAUUAACUCUAGUAAAGCCCUUUGCCUAAAUCCAGUGAUUAGCUGCCAAAAUCUUAACAACGGGUUCCCUCCUCCGUCCACGAGGGGGUCAUUGCCCACCCCCGCCCCCCGGGACUCCUGCCCCAUCCAACCCCCCCACGUUCCUUGGUGCGCCCCCCCAGGAGCCCUGCCCCAUCCACACUCCUCCCCUGUCCCCUGACUGCCCCCAGAACCGGGCAGGAGGGUCUCGUGGGCCUCCAUAGUGGGUGUCCGCCCUGCCCCUAAAGAGCCAAAGGCACCUGCCGGGGGGUGAGGUGGGGAGUCCCAGAGGUGCUUACCUGGGGCAGCUUCCAGGAAGCACCUGGCAGGUCCCUCUGGCUCCUAGGGGCAGGGGAGCGUAGAUGGGGGGGAGCAGGGGGAGCUCCCCCACUGAUCACAUCAAAAGUGGUGCCUUACGAGCACCCACGGGGAAAAUUUGCUGGGUGCAGAGCUCUGGGGCGAGGAGCGGUUCCCCUGCUCGUCCCCCCUUCCCCCCGGGUUACCUGCUGCGGCGCGGGCGGCCCUCCUCACGCCCCCCCUGCCCCGGCUCACCUCCGCCUCCUGGGCCUGAGUGGGAAGCCGUGGCCUGCUUCUCAGCCUGCCCCAGCUUCCCGCGCAAACAGCUGAUUUGCAGGAAGCCUGGGGGGGCGGAGAAGCAGAGCAGGGCACCGUAUUUAGGGGAGGAGGCGGAGGCAGAGCGGAGGUGAGCUGGGGCCGGGGGUGGGGUGGGGAGCUGCCGGUGGGUGCUCUGCACUUUCCAAAUUUUCCCCUUGGGUGCUCCAGAGCUGGAGCACCCAUGGAGUCAGUGCCUAAAGCGCCACUUUUGGCCGGUUAAAUUUAGAAGCCCUUUUAGAACCGGUUGUCCAACAACCAGUUCUAAAAGGGCUUCUAAAUUUAACAACCAGUUCUAUCGAACCAGUGCGAACCGGCUCCAGCUCACCACUGCCUAAAUCUCACUGACAGAGUAGUUAGAAUCAGGCUUAGGACCUGAUCCUGUAGUCUUUAUAUAGGCAAAACUCCAAUAUUUAUUUUAUAGCCUCCGUCUCUUGACUUCACUGGGAGUUUUGCAGGUGUAAUCAGGUCAGGAAUUGGCCUUUAAGGACCUACAUGUUCCAGUGUACUUAUUUUCACAGGUUUUGCUUUGGUGCAGCCAGGCCUUUCAAUAGACCGAGCAGGGCGACUGAAGAGCCUGUGUCAAAUUCACUGAGGUUCUGUGCUGGCUUCCUCCAGCACAGAACCCGUGGGAGUGUCCCUGAUGGCAGGACGUCUAUGCAGGCGAGUUGCAAGGACACAAGGCUCCAGUCACUUUCCGUUUGUCAAGUGGCCUGCAGCUAAUCAGCACGUCACUGGCUGGGAAAGGAACCUGGUUAGGGCAGCCCCUAGGUGUCCCCCACCCGCAAAUUCCUAUUGACCUCCGCUCAAAAUUACAGCUGCUAGCAAAAACUCUGAGAUACUGCUACCUGCCUUCUGCUGGAUGAAGCUCUUCUGGGGUGCAGUGGGCCAGGCUGGCACAGGGAGGUGUUGUUUGCACCUCCCUAUACCAUUGGGAGUUAAUUUGUUGCCUUAUUGUUUGAGGUGACAGAGCUUGAAUUGGUCAAAAGCUGGGAACCUAGCAUAUUUAUUUAAUUCCUGCAAAACCUUCAGAAUGUCCUUGUCAACAUUAGCAUCUCUGCUUGAUGCUAACUUUCACUCUUGAUCUUAUAUAUGUAGAAGUUUGUCUUGAAAUCAGUGUAUUAGAAAAACAGUUCUACUAAACUUUGGGGGGAACUUGAGAAUUAAUUUUUUAAAUACAUAGCAAAUUAAAUUUUCUAUGCUGAAACGUACUAUUAACUAUAAGCAAGCUAUUAAUUUUUUUCCCACUUGGAUGCUUAAAAUCAGGAUACUAAAAACCAAACAUAUGGAGUGUUGCAGUCUUCCUUUGUUAAGGGAAAUAUUUUCAGAAACAGCGUCUCAAAUACUGGGUGCAAGUUUGUUUUUGCACAUGCAAUUACUGUGCAAAUUAAAUUUUAGGCAUGCAAAAUUAUGCCCACAACUUUAAUAGCCUAAAUAUCUAUUGACAUUCUUGUAUCCUAUUCAUGCAGACAAUUAUCUUAUUUCUGUGAGUUAUUUAUUUUAUUAUAUCUCUGUAUAAAUUUUGCAAAGCAACAGUUGCAAAUUGCUAUUUAGUGCCAUUAAUCCAAUUCCCAUUUAUGGGUGUGAUUCUACAAUGUGCUGAUAACCCUCAAAUCCCAGUGCUUCACAUUAAUUUGGAGGAGUUUUGCCAUUGAUUUAAAAGAGAGCUGAAUCAGGCCCUAAGAGAGAAAAUGACCCAAGGUGUGUAUAUAUUAACAAACACACACCUUUGUCAUGUUUACUGCUACCUGUAGUUUAAAGCUUAGUAUACGUCGUAUACAAAUGACAAUGUAUGCACAGCAUAAUAAUAUAUGCAUACUAUAAACAAUAAAAUAACCAUAAAAACACUGAGAAAUUCUGUCUCGCUGAUUAAGUUCGUGCAGAAAACCAGCUAAAGAAAUGUAUUCCUUUAUCUUUAAAAGUAACAAAUGUUUACAUGCCUAGACUUUGAAGGUUGUAUAUGUUUUCCAUAAAUGUAAUUUCUCCUUUUAAAAAACAGUGCUUUGUGAACCAAAAUAGCAUAAUCAUCAAUCUAAUACUGAAUCAAAUAGGAUCCUAAUCUCAGAAAUGGCCCUGCAAGAACCUACAUGCCCCCUCAGCUCUCAUUAUACUCAACGGCAGCUGACAAUGUUCAGCAUCUGAUAUGGUUGGACCCUUUGUUUGUUUUCCUGACAUAAAUGCCUGAGGCCUGGUCUAUACUUAAAACUUAGGUUGACAUAGCUACAGUGAUAAGGGGUGUGAAAACUCCACACCCUGAGCACUGUAGCUAUGACAACCUAACCCCGAUGUAGACGCAGCUAAGUCAUUGGACGAAUGCUUCCGUCAACCUAGUUACCGUUUCUUGGUGAGGUGGAGUUCCUACAGCAAUGGGAAAAAACCUUUCAUUGGUAUUAGCUGCAUCUAUACUAUGGGGUUAUAGCUAUGCUGCUAUAGCCCCCAUAGUGAAGACACAGCCUGCUCUGAGUGAAUUCUAUGGAAGAGUGGCUAUUGACUUCAACAGGGGCAGGCUUAGUCCCAUAAAUGUUUCUACAGUACGCACAUGAGAGCAAAUCAUAUUUAUAGGUCUUUCAGUAAUGUGUUUGAGACAUGUUAUAUACAGGGUUUUUCAAACUGGGGGUCGGGACCCCUUAGGGGGUCGUGAGGUUAUUACAUGGGGGGUUGCAAGUGACAGCCUCGACCCCAAACCUGGCUUUGCCUCCAGCAUUUAUAAUGGUUAAAUAUAUAAAAAAGUGUUUUUAAUUUAUAAAGGGGGGUCUCACUCAGAGGCUUACUAUGUGAAAGGGGUCACCAGUACAAAAGUUUGAGAAUCAUUGUUAUAUAUCAAUAAAACCUUUGCAGUGGAUUGUAUUGCACAUUUAUGAAUAGCAAAGGACAUUCCCAUCCAUCGUUAAAAGUAUUGUGCAGCAAAACUAAUAGACAACAACAUUUGUGCCUGUCUCUCACUCUCUCUCUCUCUAAUAUCACUGUUUUUUCCACUUCAGAUAAAAUGUUUUAUCUAUGUUAGAAAAUACAUGAAGGGUUUGAUCCUGUCUUCCAUGGGCACACUGAAAUCAAUGGGACUUUGGAUGCCUAAGGAAGGCAGACAUAGUCUCUUAUACGGAUACCUUGAUAUUGAUUGAUUAUCGUAGAGCAAAUUUUUGUUUAUGAGAGAUGUUAGAGAAAAGAUGUUGCCUGCUUUUAAAAAUAUGGUUUUAGCUAAAAUGAGAAAUGGGAUUAUAAACUGCUUUUUGGAAAAUGAUGUUGGAUUAAGAAAGGAGGAGUGUAUUUUUACAUGAGCCUGAAGAGUUGAUAUGUUCACAGAAAGUUUUAUGGAGGAACUGAAUCUAGGCAUAAAUUAAUUCUAAAUAGCAUUUUAACGCUGAUUAGUAGGGCCCUUCCAAAAUCACAGCCGUGAAAAAUGCAUCACAGACCUUGAAAUCUGGUCUUUUGCGUACUUUUACCCUAUACUAUACUGAUUUCACAGGGGAGUCUACGGUUUCUCAAACUGGGGGUCCCGACCGAAAAGGAGGUUGUCGGGGGUGUCACAAGGUUUUUGUAGGGGGUCACAGUAUUCCUACCCUUAGUUCUGCGCUGCCUUCAGGGAGGGGUGGCCAGAGAGCAGCAGCUGCUGGCCAAAUGCCCAGCUCUGAAGGCAGCACCCCACCAGCGGCAGCACAAAAGUAAGGGUGGCAAUACCAUACCAUGCCACCCUUACUUCUACGCUGCUGCCUUCAGGGCUGGGCAGCCGGAGAGUGGCGGCUGCUGGCUGAGGGCUCAGCUCUGAAGGCAGAAGCACAGAAGUAAAGGUAGCAAUACCACAACCCCCCUACAAUAACCUUGCAACCCUCCCUACAGGCCCUUUUUAGGUCAGGAACCCUACCGUUACAACACCAUGAAAUUUCAGAUUUAAAUAUCUGGAAUCAUUAAAUUUACAAUUUUUUAAAUCCUAUGACCACGACAUUGACUAAAAUGGACUGUGAAUUUCGUAGGGCCCUACUGAUUAGAAGUAAAACAAUCCAUACGGUUUCACUGAAAGGAGAGGAGAAAACAGGUAAAGUUACCCUUGUGAGUCAUUGUAACUCCCAGUGUCAGUUGCAAUAAAAAAUGCAGAAUGUGCAGCAGUAAGUGCAAGGAAAUUGCUUUCACUGCAUGCCAAAAGGAUAACAAAUGGUGUUAAAUGCUUUAGUAUGUUAGGUGCUCGAUCCUGCAAAGAGCUGAGCACUCUGGGCCAAUCGAGCAACAUGUGUUUAACAUCAAGCACUUGAGUAGUCCGUUGAUUUCAAUGGACACCUCAAGUGCUUGACAUUAAACACGUGCUUUGCUGGAGUGGCCCAGAGUGCUCAGCACUUUGCAGGAUUGAGCCUUAUCCCAGACCCUCUGCACAGUGCCCAGCCUAGGUAUCGCAGCAGGGCCUGGAGCAGGAGGAAGGGGAGGAGGAAUCCCCCACAUGCCAAACAGCAGGAAUGGAGCCUCCAUAGCUGGUAUGUCAGCGUAAGAACUAGAGUUCACUCUGUGAACCUAGUUGCCACCCUGUCGGCAAGAGAGGAGGAUGAGGGGCUGUGUAGUGGUUCAGGGGCUGUGUCCAGAAGAGUGGGCAGAAACUGAGACUAAGGGCCUAAUUUUGGUCCCUGCACUAAUUAUGAGUAAAUAGGCUUGGCACAGGCGGGGGAGGGGGGCUACGGGGGACGGACAGACAAGGGGGCACAUUCAGUGGUGUCAGGGAAUGGACACCUCCUCCUAGGCUGCAGAGCAGCCUCUCAAUGGUGUUCACUUCAUCGACAUAGUCACAGGUCUCCCAGCCAAUCACACUCUCUGUGUCUUACCAAGGAGCCCUUUGCAGCGGGCUCUCAAAAUCCUGCCUCCCCUUGUGCAGCAGAACUUUAUUGGUUCUGCUGCCUGUCAGGAUUUCCAUGACAUGGAGGUGGGGGGUAGGAUUUGUCCCUGAAACACACUGGAUUGUGAAAUAACAUUUGCAGGAUGAAAUUCACAAAAUAUGUCUGUCCCAUUUGCUCCAUUUGGAGAAACUACUAGGACUUCCACAGAAACAUCUUUUAUUAGAUGGUAUUUAUUACUCAUAGUUGUACCCUGUAUCUGACAUGCUGCUACUUCAGAAUUCGGAACUACAGCACCUUAAAAGCUAGAGUGAGUUUAACCACCUUUGCAUCACUGCUGGUGCAACGAUGGAUGGUCUGUUAUUUUGCAUGUGGAUUUGUAAGUGUCCCUGAUUUGCAGGAACAUCACUGAUUUGUGCCAUUGUUUUUCCUCAUUAGGAACUGGGGAUUAGUAUAGUAAAAUAUGAAAGAUUUUAAAGGGCUUUCUUUGUUCACACCAUUUCUAUUUGCAGCCUCAGAAUAUUUAUCUCCCCCCGCCCCUUUUCAAUGACUUUUAUUAAUGUUGCUCUUUACUUCCAUGUCAGAGAAAUGUGUAAAAUAUAUCCACAUACUGGUGUCAACAGCUAUAGGGUCAAAUGUGCAGUCCUUAGUCAAAAAUCCCUCUGAAAUAGAGCCCUUCCCUCCCCAAAUAAUUUCCACACUCCACACCACAAAUAGCCAUCAGCAUUCUCUGUUUUACUCAGAUACUUUACAGCGCACAUCCCUAUAGUAUCUGAGCAGGCAGCAUGUGCCCCACUCUGUCCAAGUAGGAGAAACUUGACUCCCUGCCUGGUACAUCCCUGCCUGUUUUACCUUGGCUAAUGUCCUGACACAACUUGAAUCCAGACUCAAGAUGCAUCUCCACACUGCCAGCACAUGGCCAGCCAGCAAUCAGAUGUAUGAUUUGCAUCCUGCUGCUCACUGCUGUGUCAGGGCCCACUCCACCUCUGUGCUGCAGAUCCCAAGAAUAAUCUUAAUCCCCCCUUCUCCCCAGCUCCUACAGUACUUCUACAUGUAUUUGCUCUGAUUUAUACUUUCCACUAUCAAUCUGGCUAAGAUAGGUCAUUUCCAAAGAGCUUUCCAGUCAAGGACCACCCCCGCCACCCCCCGCAUCCAAGUCACAGUUUAAUCAGAUGAACGCAUGCCAUGCAGCUCCCUCCUGCCCUGCAUGUUUUGUCAUUGAUCUUGCCCCAUUCAUACAGCUUUCUGUGGGAGGAGAGCCUUGGGAAGAGCAAAGGUUCAAUAUCAAAUGUGCACUUUAAAUGACAUUCAGUGCCAAAAGAGGCACCAUCUGUUCACAGUGCAUCAAAAACAGUCAGUUUCACACCCUGACAUUUACUCUGGUUGAUGCUCCCAAUCCCAAUUAUACCACUUGUGCCCCAGUAAACCAUUGUUACCUUCACGUCUCUUGCUGCUUGUGUUCAUAUGAUACACAAGCAAAGAGUGGGAGAUUAUAGGUCUGAAUAUGCUGGAAUGAACAAAAUGUAUUUCAUUGACCAAAACAAGUACCUCUUGAUUCAGCAGAUCACUCACUAAACACAGCAGGCCAGAUCUUUGGCCCUUUCAGAGGCUCCUUUGCACUGCUUUUAGAUGCCUUAAUGCAGUAAAUGAUGAUUUCCCUAUUGUAGAGGAAUCUUCAAUAGCUGUAGGGCUGGCUAUUCCAGCCUUACACCGCUCUCCUUUCUGGAGUAGAUUGGGGAUGAAGAGAGGGUGAUUCUGGCCAGCAAAGUGGCUCCUUGAGCACUGCUGUCCACCAGCAGAAGUUAGAGCAGUCUUAAGAGCAAGAGUGAUCCAUGGUGAAUGAGAAAUCUGAGUCCAGGGGAAAAACACAAAAUGAUCAGCUCUGGAGAACGGUAUUAAGAUACAGAGCCUCUGGGUCAGUGGUUCUCAACCUUUUCCUAGCUGAGACUCAAAAUCCAUACAUGGUUUCUUGCAAUGCCACACCGAAUCCUACAACCCUUUGCAAUUACACAGCAAAAAGCAUGUCUGAGUUUGGGUGCUGGCAAGGGGUUUCUGAGGUUUGGGUUUAAUGAGAUGGCUUCAGGGACUUGCUGUCUGUAAGAGAGGGAGGGAUGAUGAGCUUUUGGUACGGAGUCAUCUCCCUGCCCAAUGCUCAGCUCCACUGAAGUGAGGAGUUCCAUUGUGAUUGGAAUAAAGAGCUAAAGGGGGGCAAGGCAGAGGCAUCAAGAGAAAAGGGCAUGGCAUGAGCUGCCUUUUGCUUUCCCUGUGCAGGCUCCAAGCAACCCAGUGAUUUUGGUGUUUCCUUAGAUGGUAUGGUAUGACAUCCUCCCACCAUUGCUCUCUUCUGCUUUGCAUACCAACAGGUGAAAAGUGCUGCUCUAGAUUACUAGUUCAGAACCAGACUAAGUCAGCAGUGACUAAAAACUGUUCCCAUCUGAUAGUAGUUUUAUGGACAAUGUGAAAUGUGUUGGAGGUCUCAGCCCAGAGUUUAGCAGACAGGUGUCUGUUUCACCAAAAUCACCAUUACAACUGGCACUACUUAACGCCCUGGAAGUCAUACUCAGCCAAGGUCAAAGACUGGAUGCAGGAUCUAGAAGCCAAUCUACCCUCCCACUGGGAGGUGACCCCUUUAGAGCAAUGAUUGGGGGUGAGUGAAGAAAUUUGCAUAAUUGCUGCACUUUUAAGAAGGCUUGUGGGCCUGAUCCAGUUGGAACAGAGCCUAAAAGAGGACAUCAGUCUCCAGGGCUGUCAAUCGGGCACCUUUCACAAGCAUUAGAGUCACUUCUUUUUUAAAUAAAGAAACAGAGAAACUAUGCUUAAAGUUAAGAUAUGAAGCUGCCAUUUAUUUUUUCCUUAACAGAGACAGUAUCACUUUGGCACUUAAAUCAACCUGAGGCACACACUGAUUAUUUCCUUUCCAGCCUCUGAUUUCUUUAUAAGUUCUUUUCAGAUUAGUGUAUUUAUGGCCCCUUUUGUUCCAGUUCAUGUAAAUGCUCUGUUUCUGACUCUGGGUCUGGGUGGGGUUUGUUUGGUUUUUUUAUGCAAUGCUUACAUUACUUUGAACAGCUUUAAAAGCAGAAUGUCUUUGAAUGUUCUAAUAAAUGAAAAAUCGUACCUUCCAAAAUGAUGUCUUAUAAGUUGAAGUGUAUACUAUGGGAAUGUUGUUGAUAUUAUUAUAGCUCCUUAAAGCAUCACAAUAUGCUUUACCUUGUGUGUCUUUUAAAUUCUAUACAGUAGUGUAAAUCUGUAUUUCCUCACUAGCUCUAUACUCUUCAGUCUGAGGAUUCGAUCCUUCAAACACAUGUGAAUAACUUCAUUCACUUCAGCAGUCCCACUGAACUGAAUGGGACUACUCAAAUGAGUAAAGGUACUCAUGUAAGUGUUACAGGAUCAAGCCUUUAGUUAAUAACUGAUUGUAAUAGUGAGGACACAUGGUUAGUAACAGCACCCAGACACCAGCAAAUGGGGUCUUUGUUAAUGUGGAUACAUUUAUAUCCAAGUUAUUCAACAUUAACAUAAAUUAUUGCUAUUAUAAUUCAAGUAUAUUAUCUGUAACUGAAAUACACUAGUCCUGUGAAAGUGUAGUUGCCAGGAAAAGCAUUGGGUCUUUUAUAGAUUUAUAUUUACGUUUAGCAGUCAUUUUAGUUAUUGACAUAAAGCUAGUUUCAUAGAGAGGCAAAUGAUAGAUAAAUUGUAAUGUUCCUGAAUAAGCUGCGUACUGUACAUUUGAAUUUUGAAACUAGAAACUGUUUGUUCAGAUGUAGUAUUUUUAAAUGCCUAGAGGGUUUGUUUGUUUGUUUGAUUUAAUAUGUAAAGGAAUAAACAUAAAUUACUUUGAAAUUUUAUUGUAGAGCUAAAUGUACAUAUAGCAUAAUGUGGGGGAAAAUCGUUUGAAAGAUUAAAAUUAGAAAUCAUUUCACAUAGCUGCCAUUUUGGCUUUAUUUUGUUUGCAGUAGUCAUAGUAGAUAACAGUCAGUAACAGAUACUUAUAUCAGUGCCUGAGUUUGCCUGGCUUCUCGUGAUUAAAAUAAGUUUUUGCAAUGAUAAAAUUGCUCUUGUAUGUUUGAGUGUGUUUCUGGAAAAAGGCAAAACUACGUAAGGUUGUUGAAAUAAAGAGAAAUAUGAAAGUAGCAAGCUUAGAGACUGCUGUGGAAAUACAACUACAUGAAAUAGGGUCUAGGUUUCAAAGUAUUUUAAAUCAAUGGGCCUAAUUCACUCCUUUACACUGACUAUAGUUAAAUUAUACCAGGGAUGAAUUUGGCCCAUUAAGUCUAUAAAUUUCAAUAUCAGGCAUCUCAGGUUUAUAUACAAAUAAUAUAGUUUAGUAAUUAAACAAAAAUAGAUUAUACUUAUGGUAGUGUGUGACCAGAUAUAAUUAGCCCUAAUAACGUUAGUUUUCUCAAAUUUUCUAUGGGUUAUUUUUUGAUACAAAGAAUGAAAAGCAAGUGUCUUAGUGAAAUAGGGAUAUGUGGAGAUAAGCACAAUGUUGGUACAAAAGGUACCAAAAUUAGAAAUUUAGGUCUCAGUGCUCCAGACAUUUAUGAACUCAACAGAAUAACUGGGAUGACUUGUGUGUAAAGUUAAGCAUGUGUGUAUAUGACUGUAAUAAGGUAUUGGUUCUGAAAUCUGCAAGAUAUGUGACAUUUUCAAAAGGCCUUGUUAAAAAUGUUGUUUUUGGUGUUAUGUGGUUUAUUUUGAACAGUGGGCCAGAUUCUGAAUGCAGUUGCACUGAUACAGAUGGUUUCAGUGGAGUCAAAAACAUCAAAAGUAGUUCCAAGUUAUUUUGCCAUGCUCUGAGCCACAUCCUCAAUUGGUAUAAAUCAGCAGAGUUCCAUUGACUUCUCUGGUUCUAUCCCAAAUUAUACCAGUUGAGGAGCUGGCCCCUUGUAUUCUAGAUCAAGUCAUUUAACGUAACAUUCAGUAUGACUGUAUUUUACAAGGUGAAAAGUUACCUAAGGUGCAAACUAUACUACAUAGACUAUCAUUUAUAUCUAUUCACAGGACAUGAUUUCACUGUAUCACUUCCUACUUGAAAUUCAGUCUGUUAUUUUAAUAUCAGGGUACAAACAUGAAAGGUGCGUGUAUUACUGUUUCUUUUAAAGGUGCAUAAUUAUUUUUAUUCAGUGUGCCUAAAAAUUCCUAUUAAAUGCUCUCUAUGUGCUCCUCAUUCAUCAUAAAAUAUGUGAAACGGUGCCUAUAUCACCUACAAAUGUACAGAAAUGUAUAUUAAAUACAGACAUUUCGCAAGA